AGCGAAAUUCCCAGCUUCGCCCGUAGCCAUUUAUUGAUGACGGCUACCGACCUUGCAAAUAGCAUCCAAACAGACUUCUCAGCAUCCCGCCACGGCGCGUUCCUUUCGGCCCCUUGCUGAUAUUGGCGUGGUAAAAAAGCAAAGACGAGAGGGAAAAAAAGGACAAGUCACAUCCUUGCUUGUGCAGGCACCUGCUGCCCGAUGCUACAUUUCUAUAUGUAGUAGCAGUAGCGCAUGCACCUAGAAUAGCGUGUAAGAUGCUGGGUGUUGCCACAGCAUAUCUGCUUUACUACGCCGUACGAGAACGGCACACGCUUGCAAGCAUCCGGAUCUCUGCCUGCGAGAAGCCUGGCGACAAGGCUGCUCGUCUUGCACCCGGGCUGACUAACUGGCUAGUACUGUACGAGUACGAGCCUGUAGGAUCCUGAUUGAACAGCAUGUCUUGUUUCAGGGACCUGGCCCAAGGGCGGCCUUGCUUGGCUGUGGCAAGCUCCAUCACGAAGGAGGUGUGCCUGCAGCUUACUUUGUACCAGUCUGGAUGUGCUUUCCGUGCCGUGUGAGGUCAUCGUCCAAAGUUCCUAUUUUGGGCAGACGAUGCUAAAUCGUCGAUUCCCACAGGGGCACGCUCGAGAGAUGGACCAGGACAAGGCGGUAAAGGGCCGGAGAAAAAGAUAGGAAACGGCCAUGGGCAAUUGAGCCGUAUGGGAACAUAUUAACCGGUAGAUGAG